CGCCAAAGAGAAUAGUCGGUUUACUUUUACAUGAAAAUAUGCGUAAUUUCUUAAACAAAAUAUCUGUCCCCUCAUCAUAUCAGGACAGAUAAAACAGUGAAUGAGUGACUUUUCAUGCCAUUUCAAUAAUAUUCCUGAUAAGUGAAUACUUAUUUAGGUCGUAAUGGCGCUUGUAUGUGAUAUUAAAAGCAAUACUUCCCAAGAGGACUCGGCCGAAAAAAUUGAUCCUCUGGACUUGGAAGAUGGUGAAAUAGAAGACGAUGAAGAAGAACCCGCUCCUGAAGUUCCGGCAGAGGAGCUUCCGGUUGCCGAGGAUUCAGUUCCCCUUACUCAGCCAGAUGCAGCUUCACCACACCUUGAACAGGUUGUUCAUGGUGAAAAGGAAAAACGAAAAGACCGAUCUGAACGAUCGGAAAAAAGAAGACACGAAGAAAAGAAUAAGAAACACAUGACCGAGGCGGAGAAGAGUAUAUUGCAUUUGAGGAAAAGGGAGGAAAUGCAAAGAAAGAAAUGGGAGAAGCUGAGGCCCAAAGAUACAGAUGUUUUAGAUGAUGACUUUGCUAAAAAUAUUGAGAAAACAUUAGCCUCAAUCUUAAAUAAGAAAGAGAAAGAAGCAGCCGCCUUUGCUAGCGCAAGUGGCGAAGAUGCAGAAAAAGAAAGAGAACCAAAUGAAGACAAACGUGGAAAGAAACGGAGGAAAAGCGAAAGGGAUAGAAAACAUAAGCAAAGAAGACUGCACUCUCCGAAGUUAGAUGUCAUCGAUGAAAACGAAAUGAUUGACAUGCGAGGUGGAAGCCCGAAAUUAGAAAACAGGCUGGAUUUUGCUCAUUCCGCCCAUUCAGAGGAGAGUAAUGAGUCGGAACACGCAGAAGACCAGAACAAAGUUCACGACAGAGAUGGGAAAAAGAAAAGAAAAAAGAAUAAAGGCAGAGAUAGGGACAGGACGAAAAAUAGAGGAGAUAACCAAGGUGAUCAACCUCUUAAGGAUGCACAAGGAGUUUGUGUCUUUUAUCUCCAAGGAAAGUGUCAAAAGAGUGAUUGUCCCUAUUCGCACGAGGCUGUUCCCCCAAUGAAACUGGAACUCUGCAAGUUCUAUCUGAUGGAUUGUUGUGCUAAAGGUGACAAAUGUUCUUAUAUGCAUUCUGAAUUUCCUUGUAAAUUUUACCAUACAGGUUUGAAGUGUACCCAAGAGGACGACUGCAAAUUCGCACACGGAAGGCCGUUAUCUGAAAGUCUGAAACAGAUUCUCUUCAAACACAUAGAAACAGCUCCUCGAGAGAUAUUGGGCGGUUUUCCACGUAUGAAUCGGGAGGAAGCUUUGAACAUGAUCAACGAAAGGCAAGUCAAACUAUACGACCAAGAUAAAGGACCGGGAGUCGAGAACAAACCGGAAGGUAAAGGUGGAAUACCGUCUUUGUUUGAUAUUAACGUACCCAUACCCCCUGAGUUGUUGCAAGGAUGUGAUGAUUCUAAGAAAAUGGACAAAUCCAGAAAUAGACAUUCCAGGUGGCAAGAACCUGAAAAUUCUUCGAUUCCUAAUGACUUUCCUUUGAAACCAUUUAGUUAUGGCCAAGAUCAGGACAUGAGAAUUACAAGUAAUGGAGAUAUAGAUAUGCGAACAUUGCCGCCUAAUUUAACAAGUUUACCCCCACCGAAAUUAUCGUUAACGAACAAAUUCCCGGACAGUCACAACAUAGACAUCGAAAAAUACAAACGUGAAGCAGGAAUAUUGCAAAGUUCGAAACAAGAUGUAGAUAUUCGUCCUUCUAUGUUACCCUUAUCUUCGUCAACAAAAGACACUGAUAUUAGGCAUCAGUCAUUAUUGGCAACCAAAGACAUAGAUAUAAGACAAAUGCCUCCAGCAUUUGGUAAGUCCAUAGCGACUUCUAAUGUAGAAAACGACCAAGAAGACGAACCGAUGCUUCAGAUCGACACUGAGGAUGAUAAAAAGGAAGAAACAUCUCUUCUGCCAGAUUUGCCAAAAACACAAAGAGAUUUGUACAUGAGAAUUCAAGCAAACCAAAAAGACAACGUCACUGUUAUUGAGGCCAACAAAGAUUUUGAAUUAGAUGAAAAUAUUAAUUGGUAUUCGGAUGACGACGAUGAAGACGAAAAUAGAUUGACAAUAAAAGUUGAUAACGAAGAUGUCAAAGACAGUAAAGGAGAAUCCGUAGAACCAGCAAGUAUAAGCAAUGAAUUCCUGAACAAUUCGCCCCAGAUUAAACCACAGGAUGUGGUGAACAAACUAGGAGACCUUUCAAAAAUAGAUAUUUCUGCAGAAGUAACAAAGUUACUAACUUCGAUGAGCCAAAAUCGUAACCAGUUUCCUUUUGGGAAUAAACCAGCCACCUCACAAGCAACUGAAGUUACACCGAAUACUACUCCACCAAGGACUGCUCCGGAAAUACGAGAUCCAAGAGUUUCAAGACAGGAUCCUAGAUUAAAUCAAGACAAGAGCGAUACCCCAAGGGUGGAUCCCAGAUUGUCAACAGAUCCACGACAUAGACGAAGGCAGAGUUCGACUGAAACUACACUUAAACCAGAUAAAGUAACGAUUUAUGAACAAGGAAGUUUGGACAAAACUGCUUCUUCUGACGAAGAUAUUGAUAUUAGAGGCUUGAGAUCUGAUGUCGAUCUUAGAAGUCUUCAACUGCCAUUCAAAGGUAUUCAAAACUACACACCAGCUUCAGAGAUCGAUGCCAGCUUUAAUUCGCAUCCCCCUUUAACGUGGAAACUGGUAAUAGCAGAAAUACCGAGGCCUGAUUAUACUGGUCUAAAACUCAGUAUAAACGAUGCCGAAAAAACUGGAGAUCCUAGAUUAAGAAAAAUCUUCCGCCUCAGCACCGAGGAACGAGACACUCCUUUAAGUCCAAAGGCCAGCCCGAAAGCAUGCACCUCUACUGUGCGAGUUGAUCCUCGCCUAAGGAAAACGGAGGAACCGAAAUCUGAACCAGUAACAACUUCCAUGAAUUUUAACCAACAAAUAACGAUGAUCAGAAGUUCUCCCUUUUAUCAGAGUUUAACCAGCCAACAGAAGUUGCUGUUAAACCAAGAAUUAAGUCUGCGCAACGAUUCAUCCAAUAUGCAUGACCCAGUGCUAAACAGUCUUCUAUCUAACUUAGAUGUUAUUCCUGGAUCCAACACACAUCCAACUCAUAGUUUAAGUGCAGCACUAUCUAUUCUUAACAAUGCCAGUUCAAAAGUGAAUCCUAUGAUGAACCAAAAUCCAGCAAUGAUGCCUCCCAUGGGACCAAAUAUGAACCAGCCAGGAUUAUUAGGGGCUGCCCCUGGCAUACCAAACAUGCAUCCAGAAUUCCCAAUCAACUUCGAUCCGAGGAACGGGGGAUUAUUAGGAAAUGCACCAAUGCCCUUCGGUGGUUUCCCCCAACAACAGGAACCGCAAAAUUUUAACUUCAACGAUGAUUACUAUCCACCCGAGAACCAGGGGGGUUUCCGCGGUGGUAAUAGAGAAAUGAGGGGCUUUAACAGGGACAGGCGAAGAGGAGGUAGAAAUAGCUACCACAGUAGGCACAAUGGCAAUAGAAACUUUAGAAAUAAUAGGAAUAAUCGGUCAAAUAGAACUCAUUCGCCUCCGUAGGGGUGAAUUAUUAAUUUAGUUUUUAAAUAUAUAACUUCUUCCUUGUAUAUAAAAGCAUUGUUAUAGGUAAUUUAGUAUUUUUGUACGAUAUCAUUCAACUGUUCAAAGUUGAGUACAGUUUUUUUACUUUAAACGAAAACAUAAACCCAGUAAAAUUAUUUAAUUUAAUUACAUAUGUAAAUAUACUAUAUUGUGAUCAGUUAUUUUGUACCAAGUUUUGAUUCAUUAUCAGAUUUUUAUAGGUAGAAAAAGUUAUCAAUGACUUCUUUUAUCAUGUUACCCCUUUAUCGCCUGAGAAAGUGCAUAUGGUGACUUAAUUUUUUUUUGUUUGACAUAUAAGGUACGUGUAGACGAGCUCAAAACGCAUACUUGUAGAAAGUGUUCUUCAUCUAUCUUAUACCAGUUGGGAUCUGUAUAGGGUUAGUUGUGGUGAAUCCGAACGUAGAUUUUUGCAGCAAUAUCCGGAAAAAUGUAUGAACAAAAAAUAGACGUUAUAUACUUUUAUUUUUCAAAAUUUCAACCUGCAUAUCUUCGAAAGUAUCAUAUCUACGACAAAAAUACAUCCAAGUAAAAUUUUUCGCAAGUGAAUUUCCUAUCAUAAAGUUGCUUGUACAAUAAAUAAAAAAAUUGCAGCGGGUAGAAAUGAAAAUUUGCAAAAACAGCUGUAAAUAUAACGUUUUGGAAGUUUGCAUAUAGAAAAUCCGAAAACUCUUCUGAAAAUUUGGGAUACAAAAUUAGAAUUUAUCUCCAAUCCAAUGACGCAAAGAAAAGUAUUAUUACGAGAAUACCGUAACAACUUUCCCUGGCACUUUUCUUGGCAAGUUGCUUGGCAAAUAAUUCGUAACUCAGCUCUUAUAAAUUUUCAUUAUAUAAAUAUAAAAUUUCAGUUGGCAUAGUCUUAUGGUACUAUUACCUACUUAUGGUCUAGAAUGCUAAAAAAUGGUACAUUUUCAACAAUUUCUUUCUAUCUUAUUUAUUUAUUAUAUAUGGCAAUUAGAGUUCUUCUAUGUUAUUAUACAACUUUUGAAGGUUACAAGAAAUUUUUCUUUUGUUGUUUUUUCAUUUUUCGUGUAUUUUAAAGAUGGCGUCAAAAAUUCGUCGUUUAAAAAUUACUUCAUGCCGGAUAGUUAAUCUCUGGAAUGGCAAAUCUGAAACAUAAAAUUCGAGAAGGGUUUUUACGUGAUCGUUUACCAGAAAAAAAUGAAAAUUUUUAAAAAAACAAGAUGUGUUCAGAUUAUAUAUAUAUGCUGUCACUAUUUUUCCGGGUUUGACUCCGCGUUGUAAAAUGC